AUGGUCCAAACUGACAAAUUACUAUACAUUCAUUUAAAGAAUAAUAACAAUCAAAAAGACGCCCCGCCCCGCGCGGCCGUAACGGUUCUAACGGUUCCAACGCACGUGCCGGGGCGGGGCCCUGGGGGGCGGGGCGCGCUCAGCGCCCGCACGUGGGGCUCGUGCCGAGGCACGUGGCCGCUGGCCCCGCUUGCGCCGCUGUGCGCAUGCGCCACCCCCGCCCCUCUGCGGCGGGCGCCCGGCGGCGUGCGCGCACGGGGAGAGCGUCAUGGCGGCUCCCUGCGGCCGCUUCCUGCACAUGGACUGAGCGGGAGCCCGGCCGCCACCGGCGCCAUGGCCGCCAGCGCCGCGCUGGCCCUCGAGCGCUCCCUGCUCAGGGGCUUCCCCAGCCCCGCCGAGGCCCUGGUGUGCAAGCAGGACGAGCUCGCGGCGGCAGAAAGUGGACUGCUGUUGAAAUUAAUUUUCGAUGGGAAAUAUGAGGCAAUGUUUUCAAAUUCAGCCGUCCGGGAUAUUUUCAAUGCACCUUCUGUGGCAGAGGAGAACAUUGACAACUACUUGGAGGAACAGAUCCUCGCAUACCUGGACUGUCCUGCAGAGGCUGARCACAUGGAAAGGCAGAGGCUGGUGUUCCUGCUUGGUGUGGGCAGUCUGCAACUCUUUGUCCAAAGCAACUGGACGGGGCCUCCUGUUCGGCUACAGCCUGAGGACUUUCUKCCAUCUGCACUGUUGCAGCAAUUCUGUGAGCCAAAAAUGCUUCAUGCAGCUAUUCUGAAGACACUGCUUCUGGAUGGUGAAUCAGUCUAUACACUGACUUCUCAUCCUGUCUUGCUGCUUAUAGCCAGGAUAAUCCUUGUGAAAUCRAGACACAAGCUUGCAUCUUUUCAGACUUUGUGGUGGUGGACUCUAAGAUGUGUGAAUAUUCACCAGCAGUUGUUAGAAGAGCGAUCACCUGAGCUAUUUACUCUUGCCCAGACCUGUAUAAAACAAGUGACAGAAGCAGAAAAUUUGUUCACAGGUGCAGAAAGCUGGCAUUUACAAGUUCAGUUCAAUCUUGAAUGUGCCUACACAUUUCUGUAUUACUACGAGUAUAAAAAAGCGAAGCAAUGUUUCAGUACAGCAAAAGACACAACCAAACUGCAGAUCAAUCUGACAGGUGCUUUGGGGAAAAGAACACGGUUUCAGGAAAARUACGUUGCACAGCUUGUACUGGAUGUCCAGAGGACAGAUGAAUCCCUUCCUCACAGUGAACUAAGUCCAGCACCUACUCCUCUAAAAAACUUAACAAUGAAUUGUGAUUUAGAUGAUGAUACAGUGCUAAAUGAGAUAAAAUUAGCAGAUGCUGAUCAGUACCAGCUGCCUGAUUUGUGUGCAGAAGAGCUUGCAGUAAUCCUUGGAAUUUGUAUAGACUUCCAAAAGAACAAUCCAAUACAUAAAUUAACUGAAGAGGAACUUCUGGCUUUUACAUCAUGUUUACUCUCUCAGCCGAAGUUCUGGGCCAUUCAGACUUCAGCCUUGCUUCUUCGGACAAAGCUUGAGAGGGGCAGCACUCGCCGAAUGGAGCGAGCAAUGAAGCAAACUCAGGCACUUGCAGACCAGUUUGAAGACACGAAUACUUCAGUAUCGGAACGCAUGAAGAUUUUCUACUGCUGUCAGGUGCCACCACGUUGGGCCGUACAGCGCCAGCUUGCAAACUUGCUCUUUGAGCUGGGAUGCACCAGCUCAGCCUUACAAAUAUUUGAGGAACUGGAAAUGUGGGAAGAUGUGGUAAUCUGCUAUGAAAGAGCAGGACAGCAUGGAAAGGCCGAAGAAAUCCUGCGAAGAGAGCUAGAGAAGAAGGAGACGCCGUCCCUGUACUGCCUGCUGGGCGACGUGCUCCAGGACCCGCAGUGCUACGACAAGGCGUGGGAGCUCUCGAGGCAGCGCAGCGCGCGGGCGCAGCGCUCCAAGGGCCUCCUGCACCUCCGCCGCCGGCAGUUCGCGCAGUGCGUGGAGUGCUUCGAGCGGUCAGUGCGCAUCAACCCCAUGCAGCUAGGUGUGUGGUUUUCCUUGGGCUGUGCAUACAUUGCUCUGGAAGGCUAUGAAGGUGCUGCCAAAGCAUUUCAGCGCUGUGUGACACUGGAACCAGAUAAUGCUGAGGCCUGGAACAAUUUAUCAACAGCAUAUAUCAGAUUAAAACAGAAAAAUAAAGCAUUCCGAACCUUGCAAGAAGCUCUCAAGUGCAACUAUGAGCACUGGCAAAUUUGGGAGAACUACCUUCUCACCAGUACAGAUAUUGGAGAGUUUUCAGAAUCAAUUAAAGCUUAUCACCGGCUCAUGGACUUGAAAGAAAAAUACAAGGAUACACAGGUGCUGGCCAUUCUGGUCAGGGCCGUAGUGGAUGGAGUAGCUGACCGGGCCGGGGAAGUGGCAAGCGGAUUGAAGGGGAAAUUGCAAGAGCUCCUGGGCAGAGUGACUGCACGAGUGACAAACGACGGGGAGAUCUGGAGACUUUACGCUCGACUUUAUGGAAAUGGGCAGAAUGAUCAUGGUGAAGAUAUUGAGAAGUCACUGCAGUAUCUCACUAAGGCACAUAAAUGUGAAAUUCAAUCAAGCAACUGGGAGAAGGAUACUUCAUCUUUUAAGGAAGUGAUGAAAGGAGCCAUAGAGAUUGCACAUGUGUCUAUGAAGUGCAGUAAAAACAAGUCUAAUCAUCAGGAAGCUUUGCAAAUACUUUCUUCAGCUCGGCUCAACUUACGUGGCUUGUCAUCCAAAGCAAAGCAACUUUUCGUAGAUGUAACAAGCGGUGAGGUUUCCAGUGAGAUAGCUGAUGAAGUGACAACUAUGGACAACUUGAUUGCGGAGCUUCAGGAACUGAGCAACCAACGGAGAAAUCAGUGCUGAAACGCAGUCCAGAUUUCAUGGGAGGAAGAUGAUAAUGAUGUGUUUCAUUUGCUGCAGGCUUGCUGA